AUGAGAGAAGAUAAGAUGAUAAAGAAAGAUAAAAUUUUCGAUAGUGCUCAUAAACGAGCAGAUGCCUGCUUGGAUAGUUGUCAAGGCAGCACAGAUGUUGCCAAUCGAAUUCGACAAUCUUAUGCAUCACUAAAAAUUGUCUGCGUUGAUCAGAAAACAGGUCGGGGAAGUAUAUGGAAGAGUAAAGGAAGAGUGAAAGAAAUAAGGGAAGAGGAUGGAGGAGAAAAGCAGAAGAGUGAUUGGGCUGAAAGUUUUUUUGACUGA